AUGCGUUUCGGAAAAACGCUCAAAGCUUCUAUUUACCCGCCAUGGGAGGGCAAGUACAUCGACUACGCAAAGCUCAAGGGCCUUCUACGCGAACGCGAACUUGAGGGAGACGACAGCGACUCGGAAGCACAACCAUGGACCGAAAGAGACGAGGAAUCGUUCGUGCAGGAGCUAAUCAAUGUCCAGCUGGACAAGGUCAAUGCCUUUCAAUCGGAGAUGUCGCAACAAUUGCGAGACCGCACUAAUGCCUGUGAGGCCAAGCUUAUGCCUCUCGUCAGAAAGUCUACUGGUGGCAAAGAUGAGCCCAGCGAGGACAAGCGGAAAGAAAUUGCGAAUGAGUUGGUGGGGGAACUCGAUCAGAUCACUAAAGAGGUAAGCGAGUUGGAGAAAUAUAGCAGGAUAAACUUCUCCGGCUUCCUCAAGGCGGCAAAGAAGCAUGAUCGUAAGCGUGGUGCACGCUAUCGCAUUAGACCGCUUCUUCAAGUUCGGUUGUCUCAGUUGUCUUUCAACUCCGAGGAUUACUCUCCGCUCUUGCAUAGGUUGUCUGCGAUGUACACCUUUACACGCCAGAUUCUUGGUCUUGAAAUCCCAGAAAACCAAGAAACAAGCGGUGACAGCCGUCUAGGCCACGAUGCCUACGUCUCAUACAAAUUCUGGGUGCACACGGACAACAUUGUUGAGGUCAAGACCCAUAUUCUACGCCGUCUCCCUGUCUUACUGUACAACCCUACAACUUCCAAGGAACUAGAUGUCUCGCAAAAAGAUCCAACGAUUACCUCAUUGUACUUUGAUAACUCGUCAUUCGAUCUAUACAACCAAAAAGUUACACGCGCUACCGAGGCUGGAUCGCUGCGGCUUCGUUGGUCCGGUGACCUAAACGAGGGCCCGGCGAUCUACUUGGAGAAGAAAAUUGUGGGAGAGGACCGCAGCCGUGAAGUCCGAGUGCAACUGAAAGAAAAGCACGUCCAGGAAUUCCUCAAAGGCGAAUACAAGUUUGAGAAAAAGGUCACUCGUCUUGAAGACAGAGCACAGGGCGAGUCACAAGAAGCGGCAGCUUUGAAGAAGGAAGUGGAAGAGCUCCAAUCAUUCAUCAAGGAGAAUGAGUUGCAGCCCAUGCUCCGCGCAAACUAUACCAGGACCGCAUUCCAGAUUCCCGGAGAUGAUCGCAUUCGCAUUUCACUCGACACCAAUCUUGCGCUGAUCCGGGAGGACGCUCUCGACCCCCAACGACCAUGCCGUGACCCCGAAGACUGGCAUCGCAGAGAUAUCGAUGACUUGGCAAUGCAAUACCCCUUCAGCUCUAUCAACAAGGGCGAGAUUGUACGCUUCCCCCAUGCUUUGCUAGAGAUCAAAUUGCGAAAUGGUGCUCGUAACGUGGAAUGGCUGCAUGACCUCAUGGUCUCACAUCUCGUGAAAGAAGCUCCCCGAUUCUCAAAAUUUGUUCAUGGGGUGGCACAGCUAUUUGAAGACAAUAUUAACUCUCUGCCAUUCUGGCUCGGCGAGCUCGAAAAUGACAUCCGCCAAGACCCUGAAACAGCUUUCAAGCAUGAACAGGAACGAGAGGCACAACGCGCGGAGGAGGAUUUCGUUGUUGGCAGCUUUUUGGGAACAAAGGCCAGUCCACUAAACACGAUGAUGGGAUCCCCAAUAUCGCGAAUGGGUGCAGGCAGAGGGUCAUCUCCCGGAAGGUCGAUAAUCAUGAGCGGCACAUCACCGGUAAUUGAACGCACUUCAACACAACUCGCUGCUAGAGACAUACCCCGUACAACAGGGGUUAGUCAGCCAUCUACAGCAGCUGAAGCGACACCCACAGAGCAUGCGGAAAGCCAAGAAGGGGCAACAAGUUCCUCGUACCUGGGAACGUUAUUCCCGUCUUUCUCCUCAUCUCGAUAUGCACAGGCACAUCGAGGAACCUCCAGACUUCCUCCGGGUGUCUCGGCUCCUGAAGUCUGGAUCAAGGAUACAGGACCACUUCGUGUCGAAUCCAAGGUGUGGUUGGCUAACCAGCGAACUUUCAUCAAGUGGCAGCACGUCAGCAUUCUGCUCGCCUCGCUAUCACUAGCUCUAUACAAUGCCGCGGGCAUCGACAACAUCGUUGCACAAGCUUUGGCCAUUAUCUACACAUUCUUUGCCGUCUUCGCAUCUGUGUGGGGCUGGUAUAUUCACGAAAAGCGAGCACGAUUGAUCCGGAAGCGCAGUGGCAAGGAUCUCGACAAUCUGUUUGGGCCACUUGUGGUCUGUAUCGGUCUCGCCGCAGCCCUUCUUUUGAACUUUGGCUUCAAGUACAAAGCGGCUUUGGACGAAGCGCGUCGCACCGGAUAUCCUGGAGUGGUAGAGUAUUUGAUGAAUACCACUACACUUCAGCCUAUCUUUACAGUGCAGGGCAACGCCUGA